AUGACCGCUUGUGCAUCGAGACACUUUGUGGCCGAGAAGGUCAAUGCGCUUUGUCUAGUAAACGAUGUGAAUAUCUACACGUCUAAUACGCUUCGAAUAGAGCAUCAAAUGCUUCCUAUAGUGGCAGCCGGUGGUUGGGACAAUGAAACAAACCACGUUACACUGUACUUACCUGUGACUUCUACACGUGAUGAACAAGAGCUGAAAAAGGAGUUCAAACGAGAGAGUAACGAGGCACGUCCAUGUGAGCUGGAUACAUUGGCUGAAGUAGAGCACGAAGGAGACGUGAACGCGUUGCAGUUCGUGUCCACCCGAGACGAAAAUUUGCUGGUUAGCGCGUCGUCCACAGGCGGCGUCUUCGUUUACCACGUGUCUGGGACUGACGAUGCUACUAUGACGGAUGGAGACUCUGUCGGACCAUUGUCAGUAGUGGCUAUGCCUCAGUGGGAGAAAGUCUUUGCUGGCACUCCAGCUACUUGUGUCGAGGUUAGCGAGAAUCGCACGUGUCUUGUGACUGUCAGCGCUGGUGGAGCUCUGGCGUGGCUGAAGCUGGACGACCACGCGAGUAUCGACAAAAUCGAAAACAAGGAUGCAAGCAGACUUCCCAUUAAUGCAGUGAAGUUCCUAGGCCGCGAUUCUGUCGUCGCUACUACUGGCUUAACUCCUGCAAGCCAGCUACGAAUUUGGGACCUCACAGCCAACAACAAGUUUCCGGUCACGACUUGUGCUGAUCUAAACUCAAGGAGUAUCUUGACUACGCUAGAGACGCAUCCAACACGGCCCGAACUGCUGAUCACCGGAACGGACGAUGGUAGUGUGAUCUUUUGGGAUCGCCGCAAACUUGACGCACCGUUCCGAACCGAGGCAUGCCACCAACGCGCGAUUCGAGCACUGAAACUGCAUUCUUCGUCGCCUCGAUAUCUUUACACGGCUGGCGAUGACAAUGUGGUCAAGUGCUGGGACUUUCAUCAUGGUCGUAACCCUUGCGAUCCAGUCGAGUAUGCGCGGUAUAGUGGCUCAACAGCCAGCCAGAAUUUGGCCCCGUUUGGCUCUCUUGGUACUGCUUCCAAGGGACCUGGAGGCUUGCACGUCCAGCAGCUCACCUCGGGGUCGCAGCCAUGGAACGCUCUGGCAAUUCACGCUGAGUCUGACACGCUCAUUGCAGGCUCGGACGCACAGUCCAUAGUGAUCGUGCAGCAGGUAUCGAAGUGGAAACAGUAA